CUGAAAUUAAGCACAACAUCACGCCGAUUCGAUUGUUUUUCAUGUAUGUCGUUGAGUUACCAAGAAAGCUGGGAAUAUUUACAAAAUAUCUAUACUGCGCCUAAGGUAUUCACAAAUCGAUGUAACGAUCCGUUUCUUUCAAAAAAUAUUCCAACAACCCAUUGCUCUUCAAUAUGCAUUAGUCUUCUUGAGCCAGAUGUUGAAGCAGGUGUAUUUAUUGGUUAUAAAUAUAUUCGAGGCUGCCUUGAUCGAGUUUUACGUAAUGGUUUUAAUGAAACUGCUUUAAGAACACAUCGUUUUCAUCAGACUGAUCAAUGCCGAAGUCUACCACGUUCACAACUCUACAAUCCAAGUCGCGAAUCACAUCAUCCAAUAUUUGGCGAUGUUCAGUUAUGCACAUGUUUUGGAGAUCGAUGCAAUGCAGCUUCAUUUGCCCAAUCGCUUUCCACUUAUAUUUCCAUAUUUCCUAUUUUAUUGAACCUAUUUUUUGUAGUAUUUCGAAUCGAUCAGCAAAUGUUAAGGAUAGAAAUUAGGUAA